CGGUGCGACGGCACCUGAGCAGCGGCGGUGGCGGCGGCGGCGGCGGCGCUUCGGAGCGGGCGACCGGGGCUGUGGUGCCGGCGCCGCCGCGUCUUCCCGGUGUCCUUCCCGGCCGCGCAGGGUUUUAUAGGUUCGCAUUAACAGAAGCACCAUGGAGUUCUAUGAAUCAACAUAUUUUAUAGCCCUUAUUCCUUCAGUAGUUAUUACAGUAAUUUUCCUCUUCUUCUGGCUUUUUAUGAAAGAAACAUUAUAUGAUGAAGUUCUUGCAAAACAGAAAAGAGAACAAAAGCUUAUUCCCACAAAAACUGAUAAAAAGAAGGCAGAAAAGAAGAAGAACAAAAAGAAAGAAAUUCAGAAUGGGAGUCUGCAUGAAUCUGAUUCUGAGAGUGUACCUCGAGAUUUUAAAUUAUCUGAUGCUUUGGCUAUAGAAGAUGAGCAAGUCGUACCUGUUCCAUCGAAUGUGCUUGAGACUCCAAGUAAUGUUAGGGAAAGGAAGAAGAAGAAACAGAAACCUUUACUUGAAGAGCAGGUCAUCAAAGAAACUGAUGCAUCAAAGAUUCUUAGCAAAAAAAUAGAACCUGUCCCAAUUACAAAACAGCCUACCCCGCCCUCUGAAGCGGCUGCCUCAAAGAAGAAACCUGGGCAGAAGAAGUCUAAAAAUGGAAGCGAUGACCAAGAGAAAAAGGUGGAAACACUCAUGGCACCUUCAAAAAAGCAAGAAGUGAUACCCUUCCAUCAAGAGACGAAACAAGAAGGUGGAUCAGGAAAGAAGAAAGUUUUAUCAAAGAAGCAGAAGACAGAAAAUGUCUUGGUAGCUGAACCCCUUAUUCAUGCAGCUACUUACAUUCCUUUGAUGGAUAAUGCUAACUCAAAUCUUGUGGUGGAUAAGAGAGAAGUUAUUGAUCUGAUUAAACCUGACCAAGUAGAAGUGAUCCAGAAAUCUGGGACUAAAAAACUGAAGAUUGAAACUGACAAAGAAAAUGCUGAAGUGAAAUUUAAAGAUUUUCUUCUGUCCUUGAAAACUAUGAUGUUUUCUGAAGAUGAGGCUCUUUGUGUUGUAGACCUGCUGAAGGAGAAGUCUGGAGUGAUAAAAGAUGCUUUAAAAAAGUCAAGUAAGGGAGAAUUGACUGCGCUUCUGCAUCAGCUUCAGGAAAAGGACAAAUUGCUUGCUGCUGUGAAGGAAGAUGCUGCUGCUACAAAGGAUCGGUGUAAGCAGUUAACCCAGGAAAUGAUGACCGAGAAAGAAAGAAGUAAUGUGGUUAUGGCAAGGAUGAAAGAUAGGAUCGGAACAUUAGAAAAGGAACAUAAUGUAUUUCAAAACAAAAUGCAUGUCAGUUAUCAAGAGACUCAACAGAUGCAGAUGAAGUUUCAGCAAGUUCGGGAGCAGAUGGAAGCAGAGAUAGCUCACUUGAAGCAAGAAAAUGGUAUUCUAAGAGAUGCUGUCAGCAGCACUACAAACCAACUGGAAAGCAAGCAGUCUGCAGAACUAAAUAAACUGCGCCAGGAUUAUGCUAGGUUGGUGAAUGAGUUGACUGAGAAAACAGGAAAGCUACAGCAAGAGGAAGUCCAAAAGAAGAAUGCAGAACAAGCAGUUACCCAGUUAAAGGUUCAGCUACAAGAAGCUGAGAGGAGGUGGGAAGAAGUUCAAAGCUAUAUUAGGAAGAGAACAGCAGAACAUGAGGCAGCACAGAAAGAUUUACAGAGUAAAUUUGUGGCCAAAGAAAAUGAAGUACAGAGUCUGCAUAGUAAGCUUACAGAUACUUUGGUGUCAAAACAACAGUUGGAGCAAAGAUUAAUGCAGUUAAUGGAAUCGGAGCAAAAAAGGGUGAGCAAAGAAGAGUCUCUACAAAUGCAAGUGCAGGAUGUUUUGGAGCAGAAUGAGGCUUUGAAAGCUCAAAUUCAACAGUUUCAUUCCCAGAUAGCAGCCCAGACCUCCGCUUCAGUUCUAGCAGAAGAAUUACAUAAAGUGAUUGCAGAAAAGGAUAAGCAGAUAAAAGAGACUGAAGAUUCUUUAGCAAAUGAACAUGACCACUUAACAAGUAAAGAGGAAGAACUUAAGGAUAUAAAGAAUAUGAAUUUCUUAUUAAAAGCUGAAGUGCAGAAAUUACAGGCUCUGACAAAUGAACAGGCUGUUGCAGCACAUGAAUUGGAGAAGAUGCAAAAAAGUAUUCAUGCCAAGGACGAUAAAAUAAAAUUGCUUGAAGAGCAGCUACAGUGUGAAAUUUCAAACAAAAUGGAAGAAUUUAAGAUUCUAAAUGACCAAAACAAAGCAUUAAAAUUAGAAGUUCAGAAGCUACAGACUCUUAUUUCUGAGCAGCCUAAUAAAGAUGUUGUGGAACAAAUGGAAAAAUGCAUUCAAGAAAAAGAUGAGAAAUUAAAGACUGUAGAAGAAUUACUUGAAACUGGACUUAUUCAGGUGGCUACUAAAGAGGAGGAACUGAAUGCUGUGAGAACAGAAAACUCAACCCUGGUGAAAGAAGUUCAGGCCUUGAAGGCCAAGCAGAAUGAUCAGGUUUCUUUUGCAUCUGUAGUUGAAGAACUUAAAAAAGUGAUCCAUGAGAAAGAUGGAAAGAUCAAGUCUGUGGAAGAGCUUCUAGAAGUUGAACUUCUCAAAGUUGCUAAUAAGGAGAAAACUAUUCAGGAUUUGAAACAGGAAAUAAAGGCUCUAAAAGAAGAAAUAGGAAAUGUCCAGCUUGAAAAGGCUCAACAGUUAUCUAUCACUUCUCAAGUUCACGAGCUUCAGAACUUAUUAAAAGGAAAGGAGGAGCAGAUGAAUACCAUGAAGACUGUUUUAGAAGAGAAGGAGAAAGACCUCGCUAAUACAGGGAAAUGGCUACAGGAUCUUCAAGAAGAAAAUGAAUCUUUAAAGGCACAUGCUCAAGAAGUAGCCCAACAUAACUUGCAAGAGGCAUGUUCUCCAUCACAAUUUGAAGAACUUGAAGUUGUGUUGAAAGAAAAGGAAUAUGAAAUGAAGAGAGUAGAAGCUAUGCUAAAAGAGAGGGAGAGUGAUCUUUCUAGCAAAACAAAGCUGUUGCAGGAGAUAAAAGAUGAAAAUAAAUUGCUUAAAUCUCAAAUUGAACAGCUCAAGCAGCAGAACUACCAACAGGCAUCUUCUUUUCCUCAUGAAGAAUUCAUAAAAAUAAUUUCACAGAAAGAGAAAGAAAUAACUGGUCUCCAGAAUGAGUUAGAUACUUUGAAGGAUGCUGUUGAGCACCAGAGGAAGAAAAACAAUGACCUUCGGGAGAAAAACUGGGAAGCAAUGGAAGCAUUGGCAUCAACUGAAAAAAUGCUGCAGGACAAAGUGACCAAGACUUCCAAGGAAAGACAACAACACGUGGAAGCUGUUGAGUUGGAAGCUAAAGAAGUUCUGAAAUUAUUUCCAAAGGUGUCUGUUCCUCCUAAUUUG